AUGUGUUCAUCUGCUCCAGCUGUCGGUCUCCCCACUCACUCUUUCAGGGUCAUACAGGCAGCAGUUUCAGGGAUCACGUCUGAAUGCCAACUCAUCCGGGACGAUCCGAACCAGCAGACAGACACACCGGUCAGAGGGAGGCUUAGGCAGGACCCAUCGGAAACAAUUCACCCAUACAGCCUCUCGACUGCUCUGACCAUCCCUGGGUGUCAGCUUCACAGCUCAGCUGCCUGUCUGACAAUCGUUUUGUGUGUGUAUGUUUGUGUGCAUGUUUUCUGCUAGAUUGCUGAUCAGUUAGUGCAUUAGUAUGCAGGGUGCUUGUGUGCCAGUCUUGUGUGUGUGCAUAUGUGUGUCUGUGCUCCUCCGCAGCACAAAUUCACAGUCACAUAGAGAAAGUCACACUUACACGGAAUGCACAGAUGGGUAUCACUGGGACCCCCUUACUGAGCACUGCAAAGACAUAAACGAGUGUGAGACCAUCCGAGAUGCCUGCAAAGGGGAAAUGAAGUGCUUCAACCACUACGGGGGCUACCUGUGCCUCCCCCGCUCUGCGUCGGUCAUUCCCGCUCCAGAGCCCUCCACCACCCCCACCGUGCCCUUUAACCCCUGCCCCCUGGGCUAUGAACCCGAUGGAGACAGCUGUGUGGACAUUGAUGAGUGUGUGCGAGAGGAACACGACUGCCAGCCCAGCCAGCAGUGCAUCAACACCCUGGGUGCCUUUAACUGUCAGUGCCCUCGUGGUUACAACAAGGUUGGCACGGAGUGCAUCGACAUAGAUGAGUGCAGGUACAGGUACUGCCAGCAUCGCUGUGUCAACGUCCCUGGCUCCUUCUCCUGUCAGUGUGAGCCUGGAUUCCAGCUGGGAGGAAACAACCGAUCCUGUGUUGAUGUAAAUGAGUGUGAGAUGGGUGCCCCCUGCUCCCAAAGGUGUUUCAACACGUAUGGCACCUUCAUGUGCCGUUGUGAUCAGGGCUACGAGCUCGGGCCUGACGGCUUUACGUGUAACGACAUUGAUGAGUGCAGGUCCUCCAGCUACCUCUGCCAGUUCCAGUGCGUCAACGAGCCUGGGAAGUUCUCCUGUGUGUGUCCUGAAGGAUACCAGCUGGUGGGCACCAGAAUGUGUCAAGAUAUAAACGAAUGUGAAACAGGAGAACAUCAGUGUACCGACACGCAGACGUGCGUCAACAUCCACGGGGGGUACCAGUGUGUGGAGACCAACCGAUGCCAAGAUCCAUACGUACACGCCUCUGACAACCGCUGUAUGUGCCCACAUAACAAGCCUGCCUGCAGAGAUCUGCCUUACAGCGUGGUCUACAGAUAUAUGACUAUCACCUCAGAGCGCGCUGUACCAUCAGACAUAUUCCUCAUUCAGGCCACCACCUUCAGGACGGGGUCAGUCAACACCUUCCGCAUUAGGUCCGGGGACAACAACCAGGAUUUCUACAUCAGGCAAACCAAUAACUACAGUGCCAUGUUGGUUCUAGCCCGAGCCGUGUCGGGUCCCAGAGAGUACACGUUGGACCUGGAGAUGAUAUCGGGCCAUCCUCUGGUCAGCCAGCGGUCCAGCUCCGUCCUCAGACUUUCUAUCUUUGUUGGACCGUAUGCCUUUUAAAGCAGGAGCAGAGUGGAGGGACGCAGAUCAAAAGUAGCUGUAAAACAGAAGUGGUCAAUGCAGUUCAGCCAGUCACUGUGAUAUUUACAUUAUCAGCCUUUUUCUUCCUGCUCAUCAGGAUACACAUGCAGUACAGUAAACACAGACACUGUAGCACAGUCCAUCCUGUUAAAUUCUUUAUUGAUUUUCCCCCACAUUUUUCUUUUAAAUUUGUAUGGACAGUUUAUUACUGGGGUUUAUGAGCAAUUUGACUCUGAUCAGAGAGAAAAUGACUGAAACUUUAUCAGAUUUGUACAUCUUCACCAGUUUACAUGCUUAUCUCCGGCUCACGUUUGUCCCUUUAAUGUAGUCAGUAACCACUUACAUCAGACCACGGCACCCAUACUUCCUCCGCCACCUUCACUGUUUAUUAUCUGUGUUUGUGCCACUUCUCUGCUGUUUGGGGGUUUGUCAUGUUAUGUUGUACUUUAUAUUUUUAAAGAUUUGAUUCCUAAUAAAACAAUACUCUUUUCACCUAUGUGU